AGCCCAUGCAGCGGUCGCGGGGACGCUGGGAGCCUAGGAUUACCCCCGCUCCAACCCCAGCCUCUCGCUGGGCGCUGGGCGGCGGGGAGCGCUGGUCCCCGAGGCAGGCGGAACGCGAGGCGCGCGCUCUGGCGCGUUCCGGAGCACUAAAGCGAGCGCACGGCGCCGCCGGAAGUAGCGCCUGGCUGCUCGGGCCCGGGACUCCUGCGGGCGACCGGAGCGGCCAUGGAGGGCUCUCAGCCAGACGCUGCGGACGACAAGGACAUGGACGCUUUCCUGGACAAGUUCCAGAGCCAGCCUUACCGCGGUGCCUUCCACAAGGAUCGGUGGGAGGAGGCAAUGUUCGUUCUGCUCUAAAUGAUGUGAUGGCUGCCCGGAAGCUAAAGCCCCACCACCUCAAAGCCAUAAUGAGAGGUGCACUGUGCCAUCUAGAACUGAAACACUAUGCUGAGGCUGUGAGCUGGUGUGAUGAAGGGCUGCAUAUAGAUGCAAAGGAGAAGAAGCUUCUGGAAGUGCGGGCUAAAGCAGACAAGCUGAAGCGAACUGAACAGAGAGAUACGAGGAAAGCAAAGCUGAAAGAAAAGAAGGAACAAGAUGAGAAUGCAGCUUUGCUCCGGGCCAUUGAGGCCAGAAGUAUCAGGCUCGUGUCUGAAGCUGCUGCUGCGCAUGAGGAUGCAGCCUCCGAAGGUCUUGGCGAGGUUUUUCUGGAUGGGCUCAGCUCUGGGAACCUCUGUGGUGCCAGGCUGAGUCUGGAUGACCAGGGCAGGCUGAGCUGGCCCGUGCUGUUCCUGUACCCAGAAUAUGCCCAGUCGGACUUUGUCUCUGCUUUCCAUGAGGACUCCAGGUUUAUUGAUCAUCUAAUGGUGAUGUUUGCUGAAACGCCCUCUUGGGACUCAGAGCAAAAAUAUUGCCCGGAUAAUCUGGAGGUCUACUUUGAGGAUGAGGACAGGACAGAACUGUACCGGAUACCUCCCAAGAGCACCCUGCUGCAGGUGCUGCAGCACCCCAGGUACUUUGUAAAAGCCCUGACUCCAGCAUUUCUGGUCUGUGUGGGGGACUCUCCUUUUUGCAGCAAUUAUCUCCAAGGGAGAAAGGUGCACUGGGUAAAGUGAUAGAGGCAGGCUGUGCGAGCCAUGGGCCUGCCUCACUUUCCUCACCUCUUGAAAAACUGGGGACACUCUAGAAUCCAGCACUGUGGUUCUGGCACUCUGGGGAUAUUGUCUCAUAGCCUAGAGCAGAGAAAGGUGCUGUUGGAUUCCCUGAUCUAUAGCCUCUCUGGGCAUCACUGUCCUCAGUGGGGGCAUGGCUAUGUGCCAGGCUGUGAUGUCCUGGCAGUCUGUCUCUGAAGGGACUACCUGCUACAUUUACCACAGCAACCAAUGACUUGCUGACUUGUGGAGACCACUCUGGACAUUGUGACAGGUGCCACAAGAAGCCUUCAAGAAGAUUCCCCUUCAGUGCAUCGUAACCAACUCUGAGGAAUUGUAAAGCCUGGAGGCUCAGCUGAUCUGGCUCUUAAGGGGGAAGCUGUGUGCUGUGGGGUGACUGGGGCUGGGGAAGCCCUGGCCUGUCUCUGUGUGCUCCUCAUAAGCUGUCUAUUCCUUCAUCUCAACAGUGUGAGAACUGUGACAGACAGUGACUUCCAGUUUUCACAUGUGAGGGUUUUGUGCCUCUGUGAGACAGGGCCUCACAGUGCUGCCUAGGUUGAUCUCAAACUCCUGGGCUCAAGUGAUUGUUCUUCAGCCUCCUGGGACUAUAAGUGCAUACCUCUGCACCUGGCUAGGACUGUAGGCAUUUGAAAGUGGAAAAUCUUGUUGGGCAUGGAGGUGCAUACCUUUAAGCCCAGCAUUGGGAGGGUGAGGCAGGAUAAUCACUGAGUCAAGGCUGUGUGGAGUACAUAGCAACACUCUGUCUCAAAAAACUGAAAACCAAACCAAACAAAACAUAAACUGGAAAAUAAUUUUGCUUUUGGGUCACUGUCAUAGGAGGUAUUUUUGCUUCAUUUCUGAGAAGAUCUUGGAUAUUCUUACCUAUAGCUGUAUACCUUCCUUCUAUAUCCACCCCAUUUCCCAGGGAGCACAUCCUUCCUGCUGCCCGUGCAGGCAGACAGCAACGCUGUCCAGAAGCGUGGAGAGUGGUGUGUCUCCUCUGCUGAGGUCUGGUCUCUCAGGUGGAGGUGGCCUGGGUGCCAGCCUGGAACACACAGAGCCAAAGCUGCUGCCUGCAGCCAUGCAUUGUUACAGGAAUGGGACAUGCUUGUUACAUUGAGCACUGAGAUUUGGGAGUUAUUGCAGCACUGAAGCUGAAAUCAGCAGUGAGGUGGCAAUUUGCGAACCUGUAGUACUGGAUUCUUGUACUUAACCCUGACAGCCACUCUGAGGGCUUUGUCCAUUUUCUAAAUUCAGAGACUGAGGCACAGUCAGAGCACUAGUGAGUGUCAAAGCCAGGAUAGGCCAUCCACCCCCACCCCCACCCCAAGCCCAGCCUUCAUCCUGCCUGCUUAGCUGGCUUCUCCACAGCAUUUAUCCCGCCCCUAUUCCGGCAGCCUCGUGCUGUCGUCUGCAUGAAGAGGACAUGACCAAAAGCAAGUCUGUCCUUAUCCCUCCUGAGACCUCAGUGGCUGCCCUGGCCUCAGCAUUUAUGGGCACCCUGGCCACCUCCGCAGCUUCAGGAGCCUAGCAUCCUGGACACGAUUUAACCAUGGGCUGGGGGGUGCAGCAGCUGAGUCUUUGCCCAGGAGCUGCGCUGCUUGCAUUCAAGUUCCCGCCCCAGAGCACACUAGCUUCAGGCCGUAGGCCUUUUGCUUAGCUCCCUUUGCCUUGUCCUUAUCUUCAACCUAAGCACAACAGUAGUGUCCGCCCCUGCAGGAGCUGUGAGGGUUAAAGAACUCAUCCAGCACAUACCUGGAGCUUGCCUCCCGGCAGGUGCUUCACCUGUGAUGUGUUAUUCACUUGCCAUGCAUGCCUGCCGCCGGGCCUGUGCAUUCCAUUUCCUCUGCCUGGGCUGUCUUUCUCCCCCUUGCUCUCCCUUACCCACCCCGAUCUUUUGUCCCACUACUAAUGCUCGGGUUGGUCCUGUUGCCUUCACCAGGAAGCCUUCCUUGGCUUCUUACCCAUGUGUCCUCACUCUUGCCACACUGCACUGGAGCUGUGGUUUUGUUUUGUUUUGUUUUUUGUCUUUUUGAGACAAGAAUCUUGCUGUGUGGUUCACACUAGCCUUGAACUCACCUUGUAGCACAGGCUGGCCUUAGACUCGCAGCCAUCAUCCUGCCUCAGCCUCUCAGUUGCCGGGAUUACAAGAGUGUGGCACCAAGCUUGGCUUCACCCACUUCUUGUAAAUGUGAGUCAAGGAUCCUGAGUUGUGUGCACUGCCCGUGCUCAGCACAAGUGCAGAUUUGUCUCUGGUCUUGCUAUAAUAUGUUGCCAGACAGUGUCACACUGUCACAUGGCUGGAAGUGACCCUAACAGCAAAAUAUAGUAUGUUCUUACAGCAUAUGAAGCCUAAAACAGAAGAUUCAAAUAUAAUACAAUGAUGUGGUGGGCAUUUUUCACUACUGGCUUGUUUCGAUUCCUGAAUGAUGGCCUAAAGAAAUGAGUGAUUAAUUCUAAAUAGACUACCAGUGAUGGCGAGCCUUUGAGAGACGAGUAUCCAAACUGCAACCCAGAACCCACUUAUUUAUCAUAAAGCCAACACUGCAAUUAAACCUGAACACGGGUUUUAAGGAAAAAAAACUUCACAUCCUUUGUCAUAAAAGGAAAACACAAUAACAUGUGUGCCAUAGGUUUGCCACCACCAGACUAUAUAGAGGCUGUCCGACUUGGACCAUAAAAUGGGAGAAGUGGGGGUGGGGUGUGAUGUGAGACCCUUGAAGGUGGCAACCUUGGAAAGGCACAGUGCAGGGGCAGCACUGGAUGACCUGGCUCGGCACUCACAGUAGCUGCCCCUGAGCAGCUUGCGAGGCCGGCUGCAGUCCGUGUGUUUUAUGUGGACAGGCUCACUUCUCCCCUCCACUGUCAGGUUCUGUCCUAGAUCCCUGAUCUCCCAAAUGAGUGUAUGGCGGAAGUUAAAUAAAAAGAGACAAAUUGUAUGAUUUUUAGGGCUCCAGGAGGGUCAAAACUCUUUAAUUAAGCUCGAGACUUCGAGGGUAAAGACAGGAUUCUCUGGAUCAGUCCACUUAUAUUAGAACCAAGGACAAAGGGCGGAGAGACUGAGGAAAGUGCAGGCAAUGAGCAGGACCUUGGGAGUCACUUCAAGGACGUCUCCAUCAUGAAUCAAGUCAAUUCAGUAGCACUGUCUUAUCAUGAAGACAUGGUAGAAGUGAGACUGUAGGAGUAAUCUUUGCAGCUGCAGUCUCUGCCUUGUUAAUUGGGGUUGGAGCCAGAGUGUCCACAGCUUGGCUUUGUAUUGCCCUUUGAGGUAUCUCUGGCCUCACAGGCCACUAUAGGCCUCACCCAGGACCAGUGAUUCAUAGAGAUUCACUUACUAUGAAUCAGCUCCCGUCGCCAGGCAAGGGGCCUAGGCCUAGGCCAGACUCACAGAUAAACAUAGAGAAAGCCAAUUAGUAAAAUUUAAAUCCUGCUCAGAGCAGCUUUGUAGUGGUCUCCAACACUGCACAGCUGUAGGAGGCAGGCAGUUGUGUGACCUGCCUUUUACUGACAGGAAAAGUGCUAAUGAGAGGGUAAGCAUCCAAGUCAGCUAAUAGUAAGAAGUAGAGCAGGCUAUGAAUUGAGGACUCAGCCCUUCAGGAGAAACUGGGAACUGACAGGACACUGCCUUCUGGGAGUUUGCAGUGUGCUCAGCUGCUAUGCCUUGCUCACUUCAGACUUAAAAGUCUUGGGAUUCACUGUGUCACUUAAUGUCCCCAGCCUGUCUAGAAGAAUCCACAUAGGCAAAAAUCCCUGCUAGAUCCAAUAGCCAAAUCCCAGUAACACGUGACACGCUAUCAGUAGGAUUCCUCUAGCCCAUGGGCUUUCUGGGGGAGCCCCUGCCAUUGCAGACUGGUGGUUCUCAGUUACUGUUACCCAGUGUGUGCCUCCUGCUCCCCUCCUAGCACUGUACAGUUCUAAUUAGCCAAGGGCAAUUAAACUCAACCAUGGGAAUUCAUUAACGCUUGGAGAGUGGCUGGCUGGACAGGAGUGGAUGCGUCAGGAUCAGAGUGCACCGCCCACCUACUACAUGCAAAUCCCAGUUAAUAAAGGGCAGCUGCCACUUGCCGACCA